AUGGCAGUAGCAGCAGCACUGGAAGCUCUGCAGGCAGGAGCCAGCUGUCCCAUCUGCCUGGAUUACCUGAGAGACCCCGUCACCAUCGAAUGUGGGCACAACUUCUGCCGCUCCUGCAUCCAGCGGUCCUGGGAGGAAACACAGGACAGGCUCCCUUGCCCUGUCUGCCGCCACCAAUGCCGAGAGUGGCACUUCAGGAGCAAUGCCCAGCUGGGAAAGAUGAGUGAAAUCGCCAAGCUCCUCCACAUCACCAGGAGCAAGAGGAAGAGGCAGGAAGAGUCACGAUUGUGUGAGAGGCACAGUCAGGUCCUGACCCUGUUCUGUGAGGAGGACCUAGAGGUGCUGUGUCCCCUGUGUGCUCAGCACCCGGCACACCAGGGCCACCACGUGAGGCCCACUGAGGAGGCUGCCUCUCACCACAGGAAAAGGCUCAGCAGUGACAUUGCAUCCUUGAAGAAACAAGUGGCAGAAAUGGAAAAAGUAAAAGCCACCCAAGACAGAAAACCAUUAGAACUGAGAGAGAAGAUGGAAACCCAGAGACAGAAAAUAUUCUCAGAAUUUGAGCACCUGAAUCAGAUUUUAGAACGUGAGCAAGAAGCAGUUCUGUCAAGGUUAGCUGAUCAACAGAAGGAAAUUCAACAGAAAAUCAAUACAAACCUAGCAUCAUUUUCUGACUACAUCUCCACACUCAAAAGUUUACAAAGAGAGGUAGCAGAGAAGAGCGUGAUGUCAGAAGUGAAGCUGCUGGCAGAUAUCAAGAGUGUCUACAAGAGGCAUGAAGCUCUUAAAACUCCAGCCCUCUAUUCUUUCCAGUUAAGGAGAGAAGGAUGCAGUCUUCCUCCACAGUAUUCUGCUCUGCAGAAAAUUAAACAGAAAUUUACAGAAGAUGUCACUCUCGAUCCUGAAACAGCACACCCAAAUCUGCUUGUCUCUGAGGAUAAAAAGUCUGUGACAUUUGUGAAGAAAAAGCAAAGGCUUCAUCCUAAUCCCAAGAGAUUUACGUGUGAUCUGAUUGUCCUGGGUUCUGAAGGAUUUGCUUCUGGCAGACACUAUUGGGAGGUCCAAGUGGAUGACAAGCCUGAGUGGACUGUGGGGGUUUGUAAAGACUCCCUUUCCAGGAAGGGAAAGCGACACCUGGCAGGACAGGACAGACGCUGGACAAUCCGGCUCCGGGAUGGAGACUAUGUUGCAGAAGGCAGUGCUCCAGUCACUCUUCAGUUAACAGAAAAGCCCAGAAGAAUUGGCAUUUAUCUGGACUAUGAGUUGGGUGAGAUUUCCUUUUAUAGUUUGAAUGAGAGGUCUCAUCUCCACACUUUCACUGAUAAAUUUUCUGAAAUACUCAAGCCUUACUUCUGUAUUGCAAAAGAUUCUAAACCUCUUAACAUCUGUGCAGUAUCAGAUGAUGAAUGA